AUGUCUGGGUAUGUUGAGUUGGAAGACAAGAACUUGACUACAUUUGUCACAAACUCCUUGAACGAAGAAAACUUUAAAGAAGAAGCUGAGGAUGGCGUGUUGUCGUCGUGUAAAGAUUAUAUUUUCUAUGCGAAGAAGUGUGGAGAACGGUGUAUUCAAAUUACACAAGGCAAACCGUUGUUGGACGUCUGCGCACAAAUUGCGGAACACGCCGAACAGUACGCGAGAGGGAUAUCAGCGAAGUGUAAAGAGAAUGACACGAUUCGGAGGUGCUGUUUGGCCAUCAACACAUCGGACUAUUUGGAACAUUGCUCAAGGAAUAUACCGACAUGGCGACAGUGUCUUGUGGAGAGGAGCUGGAGAUCUUCCAAUUCAAUAUCAUCAAUAGAUGUGUCAAAUCAAUAA